AUGGGAAAGGAAAAGACUCAUAUCAAUAUUGUCGUCAUUGGACAUGUCGAUUCGGGUAAAUCGACGACGACCGGCCACUUGAUUUACAAAUGUGGUGGUAUCGAUAAGCGUACCAUUGAAAAAUUCGAAAAAGAAGCUCAAGAAAUGGGCAAAGGCUCAUUCAAGUACGCCUGGGUGUUGGACAAGUUGAAAGCUGAACGUGAGCGUGGUAUCACCAUUGAUAUCGCUCUAUGGAAAUUCGAAACUAGCAAAUACUAUGUCACUAUUAUUGACGCUCCAGGACAUCGUGACUUCAUCAAGAACAUGAUCACUGGAACAUCGCAAGCCGAUUGUGCUGUCUUAGUCGUUGCUUGCGGUACUGGUGAAUUCGAGGCUGGUAUCUCGAAGAACGGUCAAACUCGGGAACAUGCAUUGCUCGCUCAAACACUUGGAGUGAAACAGUUGAUCGUUGCAUGCAACAAGAUGGAUUCCACUGCACCAGCAUUUUCCGAAACUCGAUUCAAUGAGGUCACCAAUGAGGUUUCGAAUUAUAUCAAAAAAAUUGGCUACAAUCCAAAGGCUGUUGCUUUUGUCCCGAUCUCAGGUUUUAAUGGCGACAAUAUGUUGGAACCAUCCGAAAAUAUGCCGUGGUUCAAGGGAUGGAGUGUUGAAAGGAAGGAAGGGAAUGCUUCUGGCAAGACACUUCUGGAAGCUUUGGAUGCGGUCAUACCACCGUCUAGACCUACAGACAAGCCUCUCAGAUUGCCUUUGCAGGAUGUUUACAAGAUUGGAGGUAUUGGAACUGUCCCUGUUGGUCGCGUUGAAACCGGUGUUCUGAAACCAGGCAUGGUAGUAACGUUUGCACCGCAGAAUAUUACGACUGAAGUGAAAUCCGUUGAGAUGCAUCAUGAAGCUCUGCAGGAGGCACUUCCUGGUGACAAUGUUGGCUUCAACGUUAAGAAUGUGUCCAUCAAGGAGAUUCGACGUGGUUCGGUUGCCUCCGACUCAAAGAAUGACCCCGCUAAAGAAACUAAGCAGUUUACUGCACAGGUUAUUAUCAUGAACCACCCAGGUCAGAUUGCUGCAGGAUACACUCCUGUUCUUGACUGUCACACAGCUCACAUUGCUUGUAAAUUCGCCGAACUUAAGGAGAAGGUCGACAGGCGAUCCGGGAAGAAAGUGGAAGAUAACCCGAAAUUCCUAAAGUCGGGUGACGCUGGUAUUGUUGAUUUGAUCCCAACUAAGCCGCUCUGUGUCGAAACGUUUACUGAAUACCCACCACUUGGACGAUUCGCGGUACGUGAUAUGCGGCAAACGGUAGCGGUUGGUGUUAUCAAGGGUGUUGAAAAAACGGAAGGUGGUUCUGGGAAAGUGACGAAGGCAGCGCAGAAGGCUGGAACUGCACCAGCUGGAAAGAAGAAAUAA